CUCUAAGCAUGCUUGUGUGGAGAGUUUUUGUUGUUUCGCUCGUGGUGGAAUCGCUCCUUUUACUCUGCCACUCGACCGUCGCUCAGCAACACCGCAUUGUUUACUCCAGGGAUCAGCUGAUGGAGCUGAAGCCGGCCGGCUUGGCUACGGUGAGGGAGGAUAUACCUGCUGAACUUUGGAGGAAAACACACCGGGGUUGCAGAGGGAAAAGAUCGCUACGGCGGCGGAAAGGAGCGAAACACCGGAGACUUAUGGAGAGGAAGACAUUCAAGCCGUGUCUCCCAUCUAUCAUCAUGGGCAACGUGAGAUCACUGGGGAAUAAGAUGGACGAGCUUACAGCGCUAACCCGGAGUCAUCAGGAAUACCGGGAGUGUAGCCUGAUGAUUUUCUCGGAGUCAUGGCUACACACGGAUGUUCCUGACCACAAUGUUUCCACCGUGGGUUUCCACACUGUCCGGGCUGACAGGGACUGCACUAAGAGCGGUAAGCGUAAAGGAGGUGGGCUUGCUGUUUACGUGAACAACAGGUGGUGCAAUCCUGGUCACAUCACAGUCAAAGACCGCAUCUGCAGCCCGGAUAUUGAACUGUUAGCUGUGGGCCUCCGUCCUUACUAUUUACCCCGUGAAUUCUCACAUGCUAUUGUAGUGGCACUGCAGGGCUGUUUUGAGGUGACUGACUGGAAUGUACUCUGUGAGCCACAUGGAGAGGACAUUGAUGGGCUUACUGAGUGCAUUACAGACUACAUUAAUUUCUGUGUGGACGGCAUUGUCCCAGCAAGGACUGUGCGGUGUUACCCAAAUAACAAGCCUUGGGUAACAAAGGACAUCAAAGCCAUACUCAACCUGAAGAAGAGGGCUUUCAGAGGUGGCAACAGGGAGGAGCUGAGGGACAUUCAGAGGGAGCUGAGUGCAAAGAUCAAUGAGGCUAAGGACGGCUACAGGAGGAAGCUGGAGAGGAAACUCCAGCUGAAUAACAUGAGCGAGGUCUGGAGUGGUAUGAGGACCAUCACCGGUUACAGACCAACUAGCAGUGGAGCUGAUGGUAGUGUGGCUAGGGCCAAUGAGUUAAAUCUGUUCUUCAAUAGGUUUGACACUGCUGCCCUGGCCCCUGUUGGCUCUCCUGCUGACUGUCUCCAGCCACCACCACUUCUGACCCCCCCUCCUCCUCCUGAUAGCACCUCAUCCAACUUGGUGAGCCCCUCACACCCAUCCCCCACUCCUCACACCUCCUCUGGCUCCCAUGCUACCUGCCCUCCUCUCACUUUGGACUCCAACUCUCCCCCUCCUCAACCUGCACUCUUUACACCUCUACAUGUUAGGAGACAGCUGAGCAAACUCCCCGCCGGUAAGGCUGCAGGCCCUGAUGGUGUCAGCCCACGGGUUCUCAGAGCCUGCGCCGAACAGCUCUGUGGAGUGCUUCAUCGUGUCUUCAAAAUGAGCCUGAGCCUCCAGAGGGUCCCUGUGAUAUGGAAGACGUCCUGCCUCGUUCCAGUGCCAAAGAUGCCGCAACCCAGCGGUCUCUCGGACUACCGACCGGUGGCACUGACGUCACAUAUCAUGAAGACCCUGGAGAGACUUGUCCUGGAGCAGCUCAGGCCUAUGGUCAGGCCGCACCUGGAUCCCCUCCAGUUCGCCUACCAGCCCCGGAUUGGAGUUGAGGAUGCCCUCAUUUACCUGCUGAACCGCAUCUACGCCCACCUGGACAAGCCGGGGAGCACUGUGAGGGUCACGUUCUUUGACUUCUCCAGUGCUUUCAAUACCAUCAGGCCUGCUCUACUGGGUGACAAGCUGACGGCGAUGCUGGUGAAUCCCCCCCUUGUGUCCUGGAUUGUGGAUUACCUCACUGGCCGACCACAGUACGUGCGCUUGCGGCACUGUGUGUCAGACACAGUGGUCAGCAAUACCGGGGCUCCACAAGCUCAACACAACAAAGACAAAAGAGCUGGUGGUGGAUCUGAGGAGAACGAGGACACCAGUGACCCCAGUUUCCAUCCUGGGGCAUAA